CAUUUUCGUAAUGUCGCCCCCUUAAUAGCCGCCCGUCGUGGUUCCUCCUCCCACCGCUUCGCUCCGCUAACGUAACCCGGCAUCGCACCCGAGCCAGCGAGAAGAGAGAGGGAGAAUCCGGCGAUGGCAGCCUCGCGAUUGAAGGGAUUCCGGACCGUCUUGGCCCUCUCAGGGGUGUCGAUCGCCGCGGCGGUGACCAUCGUCGGUCCGCCGGCCGCCGCCAACGACCGCGGGCCCGCCGGGCUGGAGACUGCGCGGCGGCGGAUCGCCGACCCGGCUGCCUCCCCGCCGCCAAGGGAGGUGCAGGAGUCGGCGUUGAUGGGGACCAGCCCGAUCAACCCCCUCGAUGUCCUCGUGAUCGGCGGCGGGGCCACCGGUUGUGGGGUGGCGCUGGAUGCCGUGUCCCGCGGGCUCCGCGUAGGGCUCGUUGAGAGGGAGGACUUCUCGUCCGGGACCUCGUCGCGAUCCACCAAGUUGAUCCAUGGAGGGGUCAGGUACUUGGAGAAGGCAGUGUUUAAUCUUGAUUAUGGGCAGUUGAAACUUGUUUUCCAUGCACUUAGGGAGCGUAAACAAGUUAUUGAGAAUGCACCACACUUAUGCCAUGCUUUACCAUGCAUGACACCAUGUUUUGACUGGUUCGAGGCUGUGUAUUACUGGAUGGGACUAAAGUUGUAUGAUCUUGUUGCUGGUCGAAGGAUGCUAUAUUUGUCACGUUAUUAUUCUGCAAAUGAGUCAGUGGAACUUUUUCCUACUCUUGCCAGAAAGAGUCAUAACAGAAGCUUGAAAGGAACAGUUGUUUAUUAUGAUGGGCAAAUGAACGAUUCUCGGCUGAAUGUAGGAUUGGCUUGCACAGCUUCAUUACUGGGUGCAGCAGUGCUUAACCAUGCAGAAGUAAUCUCCUUCAUUAAGGAUGAGUUUGGUGAGCGCAUAACUGGUGCACACAUCCGUGAUAGCUUAUCAGGAAAAGAGUUCGAUGUAUUUGCUAAAGUUGUUGUAAGUGCGGCUGGACCAUUUUGUGACUCCAUAAGAAAAAUGGCUAACAAAGAUGCACCACCCAUGAUCUGUCCAAGUAGUGGUGUGCACAUAGUUCUACCUGAUUAUUAUUCUCCUGAGGGAAUGGGACUGAUUGUUCCCAAAACUAAGGAUGGGCGUGUCGUGUUCAUGUUGCCCUGGCUGGGAAGGACAAUUGCAGGGACUACAGAUUCCAACACUGCAAUCACAAUGCUCCCAGAACCGCAUGAAGAUGAGAUACAGUUUAUAUUGGAUGCCAUCUGUGAUUACCUUAAUGUUCAGGUAAGGCGCUCAGAUGUGCUUUCUGCCUGGAGUGGUAUUCGCCCAUUGGCUGUGGAUCCAUCAGCAAAGAACACUGAGAGUAUUUCUAGAGAUCAUGUUGUAUGUGAAGACUAUCCUGGUCUAAUUACAAUUACAGGUGGAAAGUGGACCACUUACAGAAGCAUGGCUGAAGAUGCAGUUGAUGCGGCCAUAAAGUCAGCCAAGUUGAACCCCACGAAUGGUUGUGUGACUGACCACCUGCAAACUGUUGGUGGUUACGGAUGGGAUCCUGCGUCAUUCACUGUACUCGCACAGGAAUAUGUACGCAUGAAGAAGACACAUGGUGGGAAGGUUAUUCCUGGGGAGAUGGACAGUGCUAUUUCCAAGCAUUUAUCUCAUGCAUAUGGUACUUUGGCUGAACGCGUGGCCAUGAUUGCUCAGAAUGAGAAUCUAGGGAAGCGGCUUGCACAUGGAUACCCAUUUCUGGAGGCUGAGGUCGCAUACUGUGCUCGGCAUGAGUACUGUGAAUCUGCUAUUGAUUUCAUUGCCAGGAGGUCUCGGCUUGCUUUUCUCGACACUGAUGCAGCAGGGCGAGCUUUGCCACGCAUUAUUAAGAUUUUGGCUGAUGAACACAAGUGGGACAAGGCUAGACAGAAACUAGAGCUGCAGAAGGCUAAAGAAUUCUUGGAAACAUUUAAGUCAUCAAAAAAUGCACGGUUCCAUGAUGGAAAACAUACAGGGUCAUGAGCUGAACAUGUUUGACAGAUGGCAAUAACUUGUUCAAAGCCUCCCAGCAGAAAUUGACUCCUGACAGAAGAAAUUGGUAUAAGAAUAAUCACAACUCAUUUUGCUAUUCAAGAAACUAGAAUUUGAUUUACUUUUUUUGAUGAUAUUUUCUAAACAUCCAUCGGGAUUGUUUUGCUGUGGAGCCUUCGAACACAUCAACCAAAUAAAAGCUGAUACAUUAUCAGUUUUAAGUGCAAA